AAUUCAUGUCAAAUUAAUUUACUUUCUGGUUCGAUAAUGGCGGCCUCCUGCUUCGCAAUUCCCUUAUCUUCUUCUUCUCGAACGUCUCACAAUGCCAUUCCCAAAUACAAAACCCUAACCUCUUCUUUUUCUUACUUAGAAUCCCUGAAACUUCAAUUCCCUUCUUCCAAUUGUUUUCACCUCUCUCGUCCCUUUGUAUCCCAACCACUGGAAAUUAAGGUCUCAUCUUCAGAUUUAUCAGUUGUGGAUGAAGUUAAAGAAGAAGGAGAGGUGACAACUGGACAAGGCGAAACUGAUGGAGGAGACGCUGUCAUCUCCGAAGCAGAACCUGUAGCGGUAAAGAAACAGAGACCUUGCGAGCUCUACGUGUGUAAUAUCCCAAGAAGCUAUGACAUUGGUCAGCUUCUUGAGAUGUUUCAGCCUUUCGGAACUGUCAUCUCCGUAGAGGUAUCGCGAAAUCCUCAGACGGGAGAGAGCCGUGGAAGCGGAUACGUUACAAUGGCUUCUAUAAACUCUGCCAAAAUCGCCAUUGCUUCUCUUGAUGCAAAAGAAGUAGGCGGUCGGGAAAUGCGGGUUAGGUACUCUGUUGACAUGAAUCCAGGAACCAAAAGAAACCCUGAAGCCUUGAAUUCAACUCCAAAGAAGAUUCUCAUGUACGAAAGCCAAUACAAGGUUUAUGUCGGUAAUCUCCCUUGGUUCACACAGCCUGAUGGUUUGAGAGAACACUUUAGUAAGUUUGGGACAAUCGUAAGCACGAGAGUGUUACAUGACCGCAAGACCGGGAAAAACAGAGUCUUUGCCUUUCUUUCUUUUACAAACAAGGAAGAACGUGAUGCGGCUUUGUCACUGAAUGGAACAGAAUAUGAAGGUCGCAGAAUCAUUGUCAGAGAAGGUAUCGAAAAGAGCUAGGCGUAAACCAACUGUUCUGUUUUUGCUGUAAUGUCUUCUGAUUUCUUCAACGAGUUGUCAAGAAGAUCUCGAUUAUGUUUAUCACCCAUUAUAUAUAUAUAUCUUCUGUAUGAUUUCUCUUUUCUCACUAGUCUACAAAUGAAGUGUCUUUGGUCUCUUA